ACCACAGCUAGCUGUAUUUUCACUUUUACUUUCCCUCUCCGCACUGGGGUAGUUAGAAGCAGCGGCGACAAGUUCCUCCUCGGGUCCCCAUUCCUUUGCUCCGAAUUCUCCAGGCAAGCGGCAAGCGGAGGACAGCGGUACAUCUGACUGAGGGGCACAAUGUCACACACUCCGCGCUGCAAGCUGGUUGAAUAUUUUGAAGAAUUGUGUGAAGACGAAUUUGAGAAAUUUAAGUUGCACCUGGAGGACUACCCAGUAGAUAAGGGCUACAAGCCCAUCCGUCGUUGCAAGACUGAGAAAGCUGCUCACAUUGAAAUAGCCCGAUACAUGAUUGAGGCAUUUGACGAUGCCAAGGCCCUGAAGAUGACCGUCAGCAUUCUGGAUAGAAUAAACAAAAAGAAUCUUGCUACAAGAAUCCGAAAGGAGAUGCCAGAAUAUUUUCUUCAGUCUGCAGAAUCAGACGAGAUGCUUUCGGAACCUCAAAAUAAAGUGGAGGUGAUGCUGGAUCCCAAGACAGCUUUUCCCACCCUCAUCCUUUCAGAAGAUCGGAAAAGCGUAUACCUGGGUGAACGAGCCCAGGACUUUCCUGACAAUCUGGAACGCUUUAAUUUUUUCCCUUGCGUCCUAGGAACAGAAGGCAUCAAUUCUGGGACUUCACAGUGGGUGGUUGAAGUGGGCAGGGCCAAACAAUGGGCCAUUGGUGCGGUGCGUGAAUCCAUAAAAAGAAAAGGAUAUUUACAUAUAAGUGCUACUGAAGGGUUUUGGGUAUUGCAGCUGAUCGAUGGAGAAUAUGAGGUCACCACCGCACCUAAAACCAUUCUUCCGCUGUGGAAGACAGUACAACGGAUUCUCGUUACCUUAGAAUUCAAUUUGGGCAAAUUAUCCUUCUAUGACGUGGACUCUAUGGAGAUUAUCUUUACUUUCAACUAUCCAUUUUCUGAGAAAAUGUUCCCCUUCUUCCUGACUUGGGACAAAAAGAAUCCAUUAAAAAUUAGUACAGAUUACACCAUCAAAUAAUCUGAGUAAGAACAAGAAGAAACAAUUCUGGGAAAUUACCCAACCUGAGGAAUUUUCUGUUCAGACCUUGAAGUGAUUGCUAUUAGAUUCAGAGAAUCUUACUUUUGAAUA